AUGGCGACCGACGCGCCAGACCCACGAACCUUCGAGUCAUGGGAAGACGCGUUCCAAUAUCCCAUACCCGUAGUCCACAAGCUCGAACAGCAGCUCCGCAACAAUGCCGACGAGAAUCGGGAGAAGCUGCGGUCCCUCGUUGGGGCGAGUUAUCGCAGUCUCCUCGACACGGCCGAAACGAUCAUCGACAUGGAAGUGCGCAUGGAGCAGGUCGAAAGUAGGCUUUCAAGAGUAGGGCAGAGUUGCAACUCGCGAAGGCUGGACAAGAUGACGAACAAUGCGGGCAAGAUGGAUACCCAUACACGAAGUCGCGAUGCGGAGCGCUAUACUUUCGCAUCCCAGCUCUCAGUCAUGCGCAAUGCGCCGGUGGUCAUGACGCGCCUCAUGAAAACAGGAGGAUCAUAUCUGCUCAUUGCAAAAGUCCUGGUCAUCUCGAGACUACUCCACAAGUCGCUGCUCAGUCAGCCCAGCCACAAGGCGCCCAUUGUUGGUCAGCUGUGGGAGAGACUGCUGUCGGUACGGAGAAAGCUUCUUAGAAGGAUUGACAAGCGCCUGUCGAGCACACAAGGCGAGACGGCGAGCCUGGUGGAAAGCAUGUGUGCGUAUGCGCUUGCGACGAGCUCUACGCCGACCGAUGUAUUACACCACUUUCAUAAGAUGCGGCUGGAGAAGAUGAACAGCGAGCUUAGGGCUGGGGGCGAUGAACUUGCGAAGCAUGGCAUUAGUGCGCUCAAGCUUUGUAUACAGACAUGUCUCGAUACACAAACCAUCUUUCCGCGACGCUUAGCAGAAGCUUUGAGCAAGCUGAAGGCGCACCCGCUGAUACAAGACCCCGACAUUCGCGGUCUAUACGAGCUGAAUCUGGACGUACACGAUCGAUGGCUAGGCGAUGAGGCUCGGAACUACACGCCAUGGCCGCGACACGACGAGCUGCAGCGGCCGGAAGCAGAGCGCAUUUUGCACCGCUGGUCCAAGGACGUCAUCGCUGCUUUCCUCAAAGGUAUACAGAAAGCAUUAGAGCAAGAAGAACGGCUCAAAGAGGUUGCGGACUUGAGACAAGAGUUGAUUGAGACUUGGAUACUGUCUGGUUCGCGAAUGGCGGGUGUUAAGUCAGCCAACGUUCUCGAUGAUUUACGAGACACGAUGAAUGACAAGUUGGAGACUAUAGUGCGAUCCCGUACGAAUGGGCUACAGGAUGUCGUUGCCGAGCUUUCGAAUCAGCUGGACGCAGUGUCCUCGUCAGACAAAGCCGUGGCGCUUUCACUCUGGGACACGACCACCAAAGCAUCAGAUUUGAGCAAUGGUGCGCAAAUCUUCAAAUCUACCAUACUCAACACCUAUCAAGGGCGUGACGAGUCUGUUACUGGUGUGACGUCCGCUUUUGACAAGUGGAUGGAGUCUGUCCUGGAAGUCAAGGGCAUUGUCAAGAGCAUGAAAGAAGCACGAUGGGACGAUACCUUCGCAGAUGACGUCGACGAUGAAUCCGACGAUGAGCUUGGAGAUUCGAAACAAGCGCUACUUAGUGACGACGAUCCGAAGUUGCUUGAAGAAGCUACACAGGAAGCUUUGAGCGAAGCUAUGCAGAACCUGAGUCAGAGCUUCAACGCUAUCGUCAAGAAAUCCGAUGGCGAACAAUCAACCCAAAAGGCGGCAUUUAUGCUUCGCGUGGUUAGAGAAAUCGGCGAUCGGAUACCACGUUUAAGACUCCAGGAUAAGGCAACACCGCUCGCAUCGCCGUUCACUUCUGAAAGUCUUCAGCCUCUGCAUACUACGCUGGCUUUGUGUGUAACCCAGCCCACUGUAGAGGCUUACAAGGCGUCGCUUUUAGGUUCUCUCAAAGUCAGAACGAACAGCCAUAUCCUGUGGGAAGGACAUCCACCACUACCAAGCCAGCCGUCACCUAGCGCGUUUAGAUUUUUGCGCACGCUGAACAAGAAUAUGGGGGCCCUUGGCAGCGAUCUUUGGGCACCUGGUAGUGUUCAGGUAUUGAGAAGUGGGGUGGCCGACAAAAUAGUCGAAACAGUUCAAGAGCAUCUUGACGCCAUUGACGUAUAUGCGAAAGAGCAGAGUUCUCCUGAUGAGGAUACGAGCGAGGAAAAGAAGGAAGACGAAAAUUCUACAACGACAGAUGAGACUGAGAAACCGAAACUCACCGUAUCAACGUCGAACCACAUUGAGGCAAAGGAGCAGAGAGUCAAGCAGCUACUGUUCGAUCUUCUGUAUAUCCAGCGCUUCGUCAGUAACGCGGGCGAGGACGAUGACAGGUUCGCAUCGCUUGCUAAGAAGACAAACCUAGCGGAUCUGGAUGAAGCCGCAGUGAACAGGCUGAGGAAGACUGCAGCGGAUUAUGCGAAGAAGACGUACCUCCUCUUCGCGUUGCUAGCUUAG